AAGUUAGGUAUCGUCGACAUCAGUAAUGUACACCCUGAUGACAUCACCUGCAUGGCUGUCGAUACCCAUCUUGUGUUCACGGCAUGUGGGAAGAUCUGCCGUGGAUUUCUUCGUAGCAGGCAGGUGGCGCAUGUGUAUGAGGGACAUGAACACGACAUAAUUCUACUGCUGCCCUUCAGCAAGCAUCUCAUUACUAUUGACGCGAAGAGCUUCCUGAAGCUCUGGGACAUACAAUCACAUGAUGUCUACCUGGAGUUGUCAUUUGACCAGAAGUUUUUUGAGAUAACGGCAUUGGUACAUCCGGCGACAUAUCUGAAUAAGUUGCUGUUGGGCAGCAAGCAAGGAACCCUACAACUCUGGAACCUCAAGACUAGCAAGCUGCUGUACACUUUUGCUGGCUGGGGGUCAGAGGUUAUGGUGUUGGAGCAGGCACCAGCUGUCGACGUCGUGGCCGUAGGAUUGGUAAGCGGGGACAUCGUUAUACACAACAUCAAAUACGACGAGACAGUGAUGAAGUUCACGCAGGACUGGGGAGCAGUGACCGCUCUCACUUUUCGAACAGAUGGGCAUCCGAUCCUCGCUAGUGGCAGCACUCCUGGUCACAUUGUGAUGUGGGACUUGGAGAAGAAGAGACUGGCGUGUCAGAUAGAGGGCGCUCACAGUUCGGCUGUCACAGGAAUGCGGUGUUUGCCAUCGGAACCUCUGAUGGUCACAUCUUCGGCUGACAACAGUCUGAAAGUGUGGAUUUUCGACCUACCGGACGGCGGCGCAAGAAUUCUUCGGCAUCGUGAAGGCCACAGUGCGCCGCCGAACAAGCUGCGUUUCCACGACAACGACGGAGAGCAGAUUCUCAGCGCAGGACAGGACAGCGUACUGCGUCUGUUCAGCACCGUACACGACCGACACAACCGCAGUCUCGGGCGCGCAAGCAGCAACAAGAAGCUCACGAAGAAGCAGGGGCUCAAGCUAGAUGAACACAUGAUGCCUCCCGUCACCGACUUUGCUUCAGAAACCGUCCGGGAGAGCGACUGGGACAACGUUGUCGCGUGUCACCGAGGUCUGGCGGUGGCGACGACGUGGUCGACGCAGCGAGGGUCGAUGGGCAAGCACAAGCUGUUACACGAGCGCUUCGCAGAGCAGGGACAGCGAGCCGUCGCCCUGGUCGUCACGAUGAGUGCCUGCGGAAACUUCUGUCUUGUCGGCUACAGUUCUGGCCACGCGGAUCUCUUCAACGUUCAGUCGGGACUACACAGAGGCUCGUACGGAAAUCCGAAAGCGCACGAUGAUGCCGUGAGAGGCGUCGCAAUCGAUGGACUGAACCAAGUGACGGUCACCGCAGGAGGAGAGAGCACUCUCAAGUUCUGGCGGUUUCGGGCGAAGGAUUGUUUGCAAGUCUUGCAGUUGUCCGCGGCCGUAUCUCAGAUACAUUUUCAUAGAGAAAGUGCGAUGCUGGCCGUGGCCCUGGACGACUUCUCUGUGACCGUCAUCGACGUUGACAUACGACGAGUAGUGAGAAACUUCAGCGGUCACGCAGGCAGAAUCACGGACAUGGCGUUCAGUCGGGAUGCGAGAUGGCUGGUCACUGCAUGUAUGGACUGCACUAUACGUACGUGGGACCUGCCUACCGCCACUUUGGUAGACUGUUUCCGUGUGGAUUCAGCCUGCACCUCACUUGGCUUUUCUCCCACGGGAACGUUCCUCGUCACUGCUCAUGUCGACGAUCUAGGCAUUUACCUCUGGUCCAACUGCACACUGUAUGCGCAUGUGUCGUUGCGCCCUCUACCGGUAGACAUUGUACCGGAGCUUGUGGAUUUACCGACAACGUUGGAGCCUAGAUCCGGGGAGGAGCUGGAGGAGCUACCAGACUCUGUGGAGGAGGAGGAAGUAGAGGAGUACAAGUCUCCUGAGCAGAUUGCUGAUGAGCUGGUGACGUUGUCUCUACUGCCCAGUUCUCGGUGGAAAAACCUAACAAACCUUGAUCUAAUAAGGAGGCGGAACAAACCCAAAGAACCUCCCAAAGUUCCGAAGGCUGCUCCGUUCUUUCUGCCCACAGUUGCCAAUGUGCAAGGUUUCGAGUUUGCCACUACUGACGGCGCUGAAACAUCAAAGGAUAAGGGGGCAGCAUCGCAGGCCGGGAAGCUGAAUCGACUGAAGCCACUCUCUCAGUUCGGCAGCGCACUGGAGAAAGCACACACGGACGCCGCAUACGGAGCGUUGGUCGACGCGCUGAAGGAGAUGGGUCCGUCGGCGAUAGACAUGGAGUUGCGCGAGCUGGCACCGGACGGCGGCGGAUCGAUCGCACUCAUGCAGGCCUUCCUCGACCUGCUCCACGCCACCUUCGAAACCCGGCGAAAUUACGAGCUCGCUCAGGCCUACCUGGCUCUCUUUCUCAAGGUGCAUGCGGACUUGAUCGUGGAGGAGGCAGCACUCGCCGAGAAACUGCAAGACGUGGCCGACAUACAGCAGGACACGUGGCGCCACCUGCAGCUCAUGUUUAACGAGAGCAUUGGUCUCGUUAGCUAUCUAAAGAACACUACAUUGUGAUGCUGAAGGAUGUUGAGGAGGAGGGGCAG